AUGGGUGAAAAAAAGUUGAAGCUCAAGUCGCAAACGGUACGGAACGUAGUACUUGGGGCCAUUCCCCCUCUAGUGUAUUUGCUUAAUCCGGAAAUUCGAAACGAAUCUAUUCCUCAGACUCCAAGCACUGGCGAUUCAGAUUGGGCACUGGUUACGCCUGUUACUCCCGCAAAGACUCAUGAUUUCCCCAUUCUUCCCACGCUCACUUCGUCCUCCUCUCGGGCGCUAGGAUCGCUAGUAUCCGCAUUCAAGGGCAUCCCAAACACAGAAACUUGGCCAAUGACGUCUCAGACUAUAGGGAUCUCUCAGAUAGAUUGGAGCGAAAAGGAGAGGCGCAUAUCUGUCCCCAUUUCCCAUCUUGACAAGGCUUGGGAGGCUCUGCCUGGUUCGGGUGGCUCUGUGAAGUCUUUGGAGUGGCUCCGGGAUAGCCGUGGGGUGGGACACGAAAGUGUCGUGCUUGAGGUUGAGGUUGAGGGUGGACCACAUCAAGUUUGGUACAUUUGUGUGGAAAGGUACCCAGACGGAGAUUUCGCCACAAUAUCCCCUACUAAAGAUCGAGUAGUCCGCCCAAAUUCGGUAGUCCGUGCUGAGCUAGAGUUCCCCGAUCGGCUGUCUUUUUCAUAUGUUCUUCGUGUGUUGGACAUUAUUGAACGAGCCUCGCCGGGCUACUUCUUGGUUGGACCUAACUGCUGGUUCUUUGCUUCGAUUAUUGUGGAGAUGCUGGAUAUGGGUAGAGGACCGCAUCAGACCAAGGCAGCCCGCUGGAUCAGAGGGGGAUGCCUCAAGUUGACCGAUCACUUCAUGACUAAAGAAUUAAACUACAAACAACAUUCUCAAAUCGAGCAGCAGUAA